GAAUUCUAAAUAAAGUAUGGGGAAUUACACCAAUCGAGCUUUCCUGGUGAGAUCAUCUGGUUGCAGACAUGUAUAAAUAAGCAGUAUCAUCUCAGGAGAAUGUAGCAAUUCUUGUCGAUUUUCUUGUAGUAAUAGUUUUCUUAGUAAGAUAAAUAAUAUGUCAAAUUUGAAAGAUCAAGAGAAAAACAAGCAAAUUGAUGAAAUCAAUUCUGUUAAUUCCCAAGAAGAAUUACCAGUUCAACAACAACAACAGGAAAAGGAAAAACCAAAGAGUAAGUUUCACUGGAGAUUCACCGAUCCCAACUCGCCAAAAGAGAUCUAUAAUUGGACUCUUUAUUUGUCGGUAUUUGUGUUCGGUAUAUUAGGUAGUGCUAGAGGGUACGAUGAAGGUAAUAUAUCCGGAUCGGUUGCCCAGGUAUCUUUUAAAAGACAGUUUGGAUUACUGGACCCAAAUAAAGACGCGGAUGAAAUUGCUAACUUGAAAUCAAAUAUUACUUCCAUGGUUCAAUUAGGAUCAGUUGGAGGAUCAUUACUUGGUAUGUACACCGUUGAUAAAUUUGGAAGGGUUCGUACAUUACAAGGAAUUUGUAUCUUAUGGAUUAUUGGAGCUAUUAUUCAAAUUACUUCUUCUGCCGUUGGUCAAUUAUACGCUGGUCGUUUAAUUGAAGGAUUGGCUAUUGGACAAACGGUGAUUGUUGCAAAUUAUCUUUCUGAAAUUGCUCCUGCUGGUAUUAGGGGUACUUUACAUUGUAUUUUUGCUGGGGCAGUUUAUCUUGGGAUUAUGUUGGCUUAUUUUGCUAAUUAUGGUACUUCAAAACACAUGUCUGGAGAUUCAAGAAUACAAUGGGUUGUUCCAACUUCAAUGAAGAUUGUAUUAGCUGGUCUUAUCUUUAUUCUUUCUUUAUUUUUCUGUAUUGAAAGUCCAAGAUGGUUAGUUAAAGUUAAUAAACAAGAAGCGGCAAUUAAUAAUUUAUCAAAAUUACGUCAUUUACCAACUGAUCAUCCUUAUGUCUUGGGUGAAAUCUGUGAUAUUAAUGAGUCAAUCAUGGCUGAAAAGGAAGCAGUUCAUAAUAGUGGUGGUAUUAUUUCAAAGUUUAAAGAACUUCUUUUAAUCAAAUCAGUUAGAUAUAGAUUCUUUUUGAUUUCUGCCGCUGCCCAAGUUUUAGGUCAAUGGCUGGGAGCUAAUGCCAUCACCAUUUAUGCCCCAGAAUUAUUUGCCUUUGCUGGUAUUAGAGGUGAAGAAAUUAUGAAAAUGACUGCAGUAUUAGGGGUUGUUAAAUUUUGUUCGGCUUAUUUCAGUGCUUUUUUCCUUAUUGAUUUCUUGGGUAGACGUAAAGCCUUGUAUAUUGGUAUUAUGAUUCAAUUGGUUUCUAUUUUAUAUUUUGCAAUUUUUUUAACAGUUGUUCCUCAAGCUGCUCAUGAAGAUGCGAUUUUAACCACUUCUCAAAAUCAUGCUUCCAAAGCUGCCAUGGCCGCUCUUUAUAUUUCAGGUAUGGGUUGGACUAUGGGUUUUAACAGUGUUCAAUAUUUAUUAGGUUCAGAAAUUUUCCCUCUUGGUAUUCGUAGUUUUGCACAAGGUUUAACCAUGGUUUUACAUUUUGCUAACCAAUAUGGUAAUUCAAAAGCAGUUCCUAAAAUGUUAAUUGCAAUGAAUAAUUAUGGGGCAUUUUAUUUCUUUGUUGGUGUUAUGCUUAUAGCAAUCUUUUGGGCUUGGUUUUUCCUUCCUGAAGUUAGUGGUAGAUCUUUGGAAAGUAUGGAUGAUAUCUUUAAUUUACCCUGGUAUCUUAUCGGAAGAAGAGGUGCUGAAUUAUACAAAUGA